CGCACACCCGGCCGUGGUCCCAGGGGAGUCACUCGCGCUAUGGCCGGGCUGGCGGUCUCCAUAGCCUGCUUGUUGACGGUCUUCUUCCUACCGGCGCUGGGCGCAUUUCACAGCAAUUCUUCGUCACCGGAGGACUUGCCUCUUAUCCUCGGCUUCCGGCUGGAGAGCAGCGACCAUAAGGCUGAGCUGUCCGCGGCCGGGGAGCUGGAGGUGAGGGAGGGCAGUAAGCUUCAGCUCCGCUUCUACGGACUCUACCUGCGGCCCGACAGCGGCCACCUGAUCGCUUUCGCCGGGGUGUCCGCGGGGCCGCAGGACAACCGGAGCUGCGUGGAGGACACCCGGGAUCUGGUGCGGGACGCCGCUGGCUUUAACGUUACUGACGAGGCCGACGGUAUGGCGGCCCUGCUGCGCCUGGAGGUGCUGCCGCUGCGGAAGAGCCAGAGCUCCCGGCUAUACAUGCUGUGUACGCGCCGGGGCCCCGGCUUGCCGUGGACUCUACACCCGGGACCGGACGGGCGGCUGCGGGUGCUGGAGGAGCACAAGCCGCUGCUGCCCGUCUGGCUGCAGGGGAUCAUCAUCGUGGUGCUGCUCUCGCUGUCCGGCAUCUUCAGCGGCCUCAACCUGGGGCUGAUGGCUCUGGACCCGAUGGAGCUGCGGGUGGUGCAGCGCUGCGGCUCCGAGCGGGAGAGGAGGUACGCCGCCAAGAUCGAGCCGGUGCGCCGCCAGGGGAACUACCUGCUGUGCUCGCUGCUGCUCGGGAACGUGCUGGUCAACACCACGCUCACCACCAUGCUGGACGAGCUGAUCGGCUCCGGCCUCUGGGCUGUGGCCGCCUCCACCAUGGGCAUCGUGGUCCUGGGGGAGAUCGUGCCCCAGGCCCUCUGCUCCCGGCACGGCCUGGCUGUGGGCGCCAACACGCUGUGGCUCACCCGCGUCUUCAUGGUGCUCACCUUCCCGGUGGCCUAUCCGGUCAGCCGCCUGCUGGACUGCGUCCUGGGCCAGGAGAUCGGCACCGUCUACAACCGGGAGAAGCUGCUGGAGAUGCUCAAGGUUACAGAACCGUAUAGCGGACUGGUGCGGGAAGAGAUGAACAUCAUCCAGGGGGCUCUGGAACUCCGCACAAAGACAGUGGAGGAUGUGAUGACCAAGGUGGAGGACUGCUUUAUGCUGCCCAGUGAUGCCUUUUUAGACUUUAACACCAUGUCCAGUAUCAUGGAGAGCGGCUACACCCGUAUCCCUGUGUUUGAGAAUGAUCGCUUCAACAUUGUGGACAUCCUGUACAUCAAAGACCUGGCCUUUGUAGACCCUGACGAUUGCACCCCUCUGAGCACCAUUACACGGUUCUACAGCCACCCCGUCCACUUUGUCUUCAGUGACACCAAGCUGGACACUGUGCUGGAGGAGUUCAAGAAAGGAAAGUCGCACCUGGCCAUUGUGCAGAAGGUGAACAGCGAAGGAGAAGGAGAUCCCUUCUAUGAAGUGAUGGGCCUGGUGACCCUGGAAGACGUCAUAGAAGAGAUUAUCAAGUCAGAGAUCCUGGAUGAAUCUGAUCUUUAUACUGACAAUCGCAGUAAGAAACGCGUUGGGCGUCGCACAGACAAGAAGGAUUUUUCAGUUUUCAAAGAUACAGAUCAUGAAUUGAGAGUUAAAAUCUCCCCUCAGCUGCUCCUUGCUGCCCACCGGUUCUUAUCCACAGAGGUGGCCCUGUUUGCACCUUCCUUGGUGUCAGAGAAGACACUUCUGCGACUCCUGAAGUACCCGGAUGUGGUGCAAGAGCUCCAUUUCAAUGAGGAUGACAAGAAGACGUCAGAGCAUUAUUUGUAUCAGCGCAACAAGAUGGCUGACUACUUCAUCCUGAUCUUGCAGGGGAAAGUUGAAGUUGAGGCUGGGAAGGAGAACAUGAAAUUUGAGUCUGGGGCCUUCUCAUGCUAUGGUGUCAUGGCUUUGAGUACUCCAUCAGCUAAUGAGCUCCGCUCCCCAUCUCAUAUGGGCAGUCUGAACAGGUCUACAUCCCUAAGCCACGAGCGCUCGGACUCCAUCUCCUCCAUCAGCGGCAGCAACACUCAGCUCAGUGCUCAUGUGCAGUACACGGCCGACUUCAGUGUGCGGGCCCUCGGUGACCUGCAGUAUGUCAAGAUCACCAGAGAACAGUAUCAAGGUGCCCUGAUGUCUUCCCGUAUAGAUAGUAGUCCACAGUCGCCCGAGGGAGGAAACCACAAACCGGACAACACCUUGUCGGAGCGCAGCGAGGUUUUGGUGGAUGAAACUACCAGUCUCCUGAACCAAAGGAACUCUCAGCACAGCUUACACCAUAACGCGGUUUGACAGCACAGUCUGCACUGACGGAGCGCUGCUCCACUCGUACUUUAUCUGUCUAGACAAACCGAUAUCUUACUGGACACAGAGUGGCAAUACACUGCAUGCAAAGCUUUAUCUUCCAAGGGUCAAACAGCAGACGGCCAGAAAGCCCUGGUGUCUGCGGAGCUGCACUCUUCAUGCCUGGUGGGACACUGUUUUGCAGGAGCUUUUUUUUUUUUUUUUAUAUAUAUAUUAUUUUAGGAUGCUCUCCAGAACUUCUGCAGGGGAUAAUAUUAAGCAUGGUUCUGCAAGCUUCGGAGAAGAAACAGGAGAUCACAAGGCUACCAAAGGGGAUCUGGCAGGGCAAGGCUCUGCAAUAAUCUGGGAAAAGCGUGAUGCUGGGUCAAGCAUCAUCUCAGGGAAGGAUUUCUACAUGUGCACUGGUGACCCCCGAAUUGAAAUAGGGGAUCGAUUUUUGUCUGUCUUCCUGCGGGGAAUGGGUAGCAUUCAGUCUUCCUUUAUGUGGGCUUCGUACCCACAGAUUGCCCAUUCUUCCACCACCCACCUGUCUGUUCUUACAGUGGGUAACUAGUAGUCUUGACUUUUCAGCACUAUAGCUCCUGCCAAGUUACCUGGGUAUUACAGCAAGCAGUGUUAUUGUCCAGGACUCCAUAGACCUGCAAUAAUACAGGAGUCUUGCUCCAUUAUUAAGCAGUUAUCAGUGUUGGUAAAAAAAAUUGUUCACGCCACUUUCCAUCAGUGUUUUGGCCACGCUUUCUUUGGGCUGGGGUUCGGGGUUUAUACGUAAUCGGUACAUAAUCUGGCUGUGAGAAGAAAGCCUACCACCGGUGGUGUAUCCAGACCUCCGCAUUACUGACCAGUGUCUAUGAUCUGUAUGGAUGGUGUCUGUGCGCGCACCCAUCAUCAUCAUCACCCUAUAAUUCUAGGUAACCUACGCAUUGGGUGUAGCGCUACACAUCAGAUUGGCUCUCGGUAUAAAUCACUAUGGUAUUACUACAAGACUGACUCCUCUUCUGCCAGACGGUGCCGACAAUAGAGUAUUUUCUUAUGCUGGUUAAAUGCCAUACUUAUGUAUAUAAUGCCCCCCCUUAUAUAAGGGAAAACGGCCAAGGGUUCACUGAUCUCGCUGCAGCUCUAUGGUCUGCCCAAAAUCAUUUCAGUUCCUUAUUUGGAAACGGUUUAACUUCUUGGGCAGAUUUUUCAGUCUUAAAGGGCAUCUGUCAGCAGAUUUGCACCCAGGAGACUGACCUGUUACAUGUGCGCUUGGCAGCUGAAGACUUCUGUGUUGGUCCCAUGUUCAUAUGUGCC